CUGAAUUCAAGCAGUGAUGCAUCAUGUUAUUCUGUUUGUUUUGUUCUGACCACCAGUGGACUGAACUCAAGCAGUGAGGCAUCAUGUUAUUCUGUUUGUUGUAUUCUGACCACCAGUGGACUGAACUCAAGCAGUGAGGCAUCAUGUUAUUCUGUUUGUUGUAUUCUGACCACCAGUGGACUGAACUCAAGCAGUGAUGCAUCAUGUUAUUCUGUUUGUUUUGUUCUGACCACCAGUGACUUCCUACUAUGGAUCUUUGCUCAAACGGAACCUUGACUCUAGCAGCACUGGGACGACCCUUCUCCCUGGGAAUGCUGUAUGACUGUCGCAAUGAUCACCUCAUUCCAGGGCUGACUCUGUGGGACGAGGAAGCACUCAGAAGGGACAUCAUUACAACAGACGAGCCUUUCACCGACUUCAAAGUCAUCACAUCUGACUCUACAGCUGACAAAUACUCUGUGUUAAAUGUGAACGGCUCUCUCAAAGCAAGCUGUUUGGCAGGGCUGGUUAAGGUGGAGGGAUCAGCUAAGUAUUUGAAAGAUGUUAAAGAGUCUCAGAAUCAGGCGAGAGUCACACUUUGUUACACCACCACUAAGAAAAACACUCAACUGUCCAUGAGCCACCUUGGGCAGGAACACAUAAAGUACAAGGAGAUGUUUAGCCAAGGCAAGGCUACACAUGUGGUCACAGGUAUACUUUAUGGAGCAAAUGCUUUCUUUGUGUUUGAUCGUGAGGUCUCAAGUGACGAGGACCGUAAAGACAUUGAGGCAAACUUUAAAGUGAAGCUUAAUAGUGUUCUUAACGUUUCUAUUGGGGGUGAGAGUGCUUUAGACAUGAAGAACUCUUCUACAACUGAAACUGAGAAGUUCUCUUGUAGAUUCCAUGGGGACUUUCUCCUGGAAAACAAUCCUGUAUCUUUUCAAGAUGCCAUGGACACCUACAAAACCUUGCCUCAGAAGGUAGGUGAGGGGGUUCCUGUGCAAGUGAAUCUACUUCCGUUAAAAGCCUUGGACCCCACUGCCGCCCAGAUGGUUUGUCAGAUCAGUGGAAGCUUAGUUGACCAAUGGCAGACUGCGCUGGAAGACCUCAGUGAGCUGGAGAUGAGAUGCAACGAUGCAAUGAGAAGCAAGCCUGUAAAAUACUUCAAGGAAAUUGAUGCCAAAGUGAAAACCUUAAGUGAACUGUGUUUCACAGAGCAUUUGAAGACAACUUUGGCGGACCUCCUUCCGUCUAUUAGAGGGGGAGAAAAGGAAGAGAGGGUGUUGUCCGACUUCUUGAAAAAGCAGCAAGAGUUCCGUUUCAACAGCAACAUCCUCAGUGAAUGUAUGGAUCGCAUUGAGAGAGAGAUCAAUGUGGUUGAUCGGUUCCUAAGGAUGAUUACGGAGGACUACAGUCAGACGUGUUCCACCAAGAUAGUCACAUCGAAUAGGGAACUUGACAAAGAGGUCUUGAACCCAAAGGUGAAGCGUGUUGUAUGUUUCACUUUCACCUCUCUGGGGUGCGAGGACCCUAUCCUGUCAGCUUUGAAUUCCCAAAGCUCUGAGAACACACAAGCCUUAGUUCCAGUUAAACCGGAUCUGACAAGAUGGUACCACUCUGAUAACAUAUUUGAUGACAUGGACAAGCAAGCUGGACUUUUCAAAGAUUUUGCAGAAGCUAACAAAGAAGACACACAAACACGUUUCCUCUUGGCCUCCAUUCCCAACAAGGAACAAGAAGGAGCCAGCAUUUACCUUUAUGAGAACGGAUCCAAAAGAAACGAGCAUUUGGAGCCUCCAUCUAAACCUGAGAAGCCCAGAGCAUGUGACAGAACUCACAACAGUGUGACGCUGGAGUUGCUCCCUCCUGAUAGGGGAGCCCAUGACGUCACCCACUACCUGAUUGAAUACUGUAUUGAUGAGAAAGAUGGAUGGAGCAGCGAGAAGAUGUCUGAAUCUCACACAGCCUACACAGUGUCUGGACUGCUUCCCAGUACAGGAUACAAGUUCAAAUACAGAGCCGUGUGUUCAGCAGGCCUUGGUCCAGACAGCGAGGUCAGUAACAUCAUCAGAACCUUGCCUUCAUGCCCUCCCGGUAAGCCUGAAAUCAAAGCCUACUCCUCUGAGCUCAUGGUAUGCUGUCCAAUGCCGUCUGUGAUUGGACAAGGGGUCAAGAUUCAGAACUAUAUGGUAGAACACAAAGAGGUGCCCACUGAAGAGAGUGAGGAGGAGGCAGAGUGGAUGAAGAGGACUUCCAAAGACAACGUCUGCAUCAUCGCCGGACUGUAG